GUGGAGAGAUCACCCGUGGAGUAGGGGUGCGCCGGCUGUAGACCUGACCCGUCCGAAAGUACCGGGUCGGCAGCACCUUGGACAGAGCCCGGGCUGCUGUGUGUGGCAGGGCAGGGGCUGUGCCCGGGAGGGUGAAUGCCCAAGGACGAGUCGACCUGGGGGUCUCGCGGAAAGCCCGGGCGCGAACUGCAAGGGAACGCGAGGCGCCGCGGUCACUCUGGCGGAGCCACCGGGAGCCAGAACGUCGGGUCCCAAUCCAACAGGUACCCCAUGCAAUGAAACUGGGACCGCAAAUAUUAUGCUAAGACGGUGAUGGCCUGGGCAGCUGCCGGGAGGAACCUCCCCGCCGGCCGCGCCAAUUGGCCUUCGCAGCUGCUACGUCAGGAGCCCAGAGCGCGAAACGCUGGCGGGAUGGCGGGGGCGAGCAGCUGGGGCGGAGCCUGACGUCCCCUCCCGCGUCCGGCCGCGCCCGUCCUCCGAGCCGGCGAGAGAAGACUGGCCGCUGCCGCCGCCGCCAGCUGUCCCUGCAGAGCGCCUGCUGGCCGCACUGCGCUCCGGCGCCUGGCGCGUCCCCGGCCUCCGCCCCGCCGUGGGGUCGCGGAGCCCGCGCGUGCGCAGCGCGGGAGGGGCGCGAGCAGGGACCCCCGGGCCAGCGCGUGCGCGGACCGAGCACCGGGAGGUGGGCGGGCACAGGGAUGAGCUUCCCGGUGCUGUGGGCCAGCUGAGGAGACCCGGCGACAAGAGGAGCGCGGACCGACUUUGCCGGGCCGGGCCAUGGCGUUCCUGACCGGGCCGCGCCUGCUGGACUGGGCCAGCUCGCCGCCGCACCUGCAGUUCAACAAGUUCGUGCUCACCGGCUACCGGCCGGCCAGCAGCGGCUCGGGCUGCCUGCGUAGCCUCUUCUACAUGCACAACGAGCUGGGAAACAUCUACACGCACGGGCUGGCCCUGCUGGGCUUCCUGGUGCUGCUGCCCAUGACCAUGCCCUGGGGUCAGCUGGGCAAGGAUGGCUGGCUGUGGGGCACACACUGUGUGGCCUGCCUGGCACCCCCUGCUGGCUCUGUGCUCUAUCACCUCUUCAUGUGCCACAAAGGGGGCAGCCCUGUGUACACCCGGCUCCUUGCCUUGGAUAUGUGUGGGGUCUGCCUCGUCAACACUCUCGGGGCCCUGCCCAUCAUCCACUGCACCCUGGCCUGCAGGCCCUGGCUGCGCCCAGCUGCCCUGGUGGGCUACACCGUGUUGUCGGGUGUGGCUGGCUGGCGGGCCCUCACCGCCCCCUCCACCAGUGCCCGGCUCCGCGCCUUUGGCUGGCAGGCUGGCGCCCGCCUCCUGGUGUUUGGGGCCCGGGGAGUGGGGCUGGGCUCUGGGGCUCCAGGCUCCCUGCGCUGCUACCUGCGCAUGGAUGCACUGGCGCUGCUUGGGGGGCUGGUGAACGUGGCCCGCCUGCCGGAGCGCUGGGGACCGGGCCGCUUCGACUACUGGGGUAACUCUCACCAGAUCAUGCACCUGCUCAGCGUGGGCUCCAUCCUCCAGCUGCAUGCUGGCGUCGUGCCUGACCUGCUCUGGGCCGCCCGGCACACCUGCCUCCCGGACUGAGCCACCUCCCACCCACCAUGCCAGCCUGCCCACAGUCUUCUGGGGCGAACAGCACCAUGCUGGCUCCCUGGAUGCUUCUGACAAAUGGGACUUCCCAGCAGGGAGCCUGCAUCUGUUCAUCCAUUUUUCGCUGGGAACUAGCCUCUUUUACUCACACCUUGGAGCUCUACUGCCCCUUCCUGCCUUCUUCCAGGGGACUUACUAUCUUACUACGUAGGUUGGAAGGAAACCUUCCCUUCUCUGGGCCUCAGUUUACCCUCAGUGACCUGUGAGGGGUGGGCCAAAGGGACGGUUGGGAUCCUGCCAGCCCAGAGCCAUCCCCCACCCUGCCCCUCCUCGGACCUGCCCAUAAGGCACCUCACAGUUGCCUAGCCCAGCCUCCUGCCGUCUGUCCACCCUGCAUGCUGGCCCUCCGGGCAUCCCGUUCUCCCUACUGCCCAGAGAUUGGUAUGAGAGGUCUGGACAACAGGACUAGCCUGCUUAUCCCAGGACCUAGGGGUAGGAGGGCAGCGGCUGCUGCUUUUUCUAGGCAACUGGCACAGAUACAUAAAGAGAUGAAUGGUCUUGGACCCAGGCCCCACUGGGCCACCCUCCACCUUGAGUGCUCUGGCAGCUCGACCUGCCCAGCAGGGACGUGCCUGCUCAGGAAAUCUCUGCUCCACACAGCAGGUGGCUCCCAGCUCCAGUCUGCGGGCCUGGGGCUUGGGGCCUUGCAGCAAAGCUCAACCUUGGCCCGUCCUGGGGGCCUCAGACCCUAGGCGGCGUCAACAAAAGGGGCAGAAGUACUGUGUUGCCACGCAAGGGCGCUUGGGUGCUCCCAAGAUUCAAAUACCUUUUAUUAGAUACAGCCGGGCAGAAGGGACCACUGGAGU